AUGUCAUCCACGAAUAAAUCAAUAAAUCAGCGCCCUACAUCACUAGAGGGCAGCAGGAAUGAUAAUACUCCAAUUCGCUCAAGCGACAACAAAACUAUUCGUCCUACUAAGAGGCCGGCGCUGUCAUCUCCCUCUAGCAAAGAAGACGCCCCAUUGACAUACGAGGGGAUUCGUAUAAUCAUCGAUGAUGCAUUGAAAAGUCAUUUAAGUGAGCUGAUAGAUGAGUUCAGUGCAAAAAUGCGGGCUAUAUUGGAUAUCGAACUUCGACAAGUAAAGGACGAGCUUCAAGACGUAAAACAAGCAAUGCAAUUUGUGAAUGAACAGUUUGAAGACAUUGAAAGGGAGCACAAAACAAAUCUACCAUACUGUACAGUGUCAGCAGCUCAGGACUCGCUUACUAAGAUUGAUCCCUUACAUCCACCCCUUGAGGCUAAUAUAUCGAUCGUGGACAGUAAAGAUCUUAAUAUAAAUUCAAACAAUAGAAAAUUAAACUAUUAUAAGGCCGAUUAUGAGGCCAUUCGGGGGGCUCUGUCAGGGAUUGACUGGAAUUCAGAGCUGGCGGAAUGCACAAAUGUCAAUUCAAUGAGUCAAUUCCGCCCACGCCCGCCGGCGACAAGCGCGGCGCCUUUGUCGCAAAAAACAGCAGAACGCUCAAAAUAUACUAAAACGGGCUUACAAGCAGUGGUCGGACGUCCUGGGACAAUCAAGAGCACCCGUUCGCACAGCUGGUCGAGGAAGCGGUGA